ACCAAUCGCUCCCGCGCCCGCCCCUCCGCGCUGCCUGAGUCGCCGCGGGCUGCGAGCGCGCGGGUCGCAGAGGUGCGCGAGCUUCGGAGCGCGCGGUCGCGGUGGUCGCCGCGAAAGCCCCUCCGCCACACGCCCACACUUAGGCCGGCGGCCAGAGCGCCAGUCUCGCGCUUGCCUGGCUCCCGCAGCCAACGGCGCGCCGAGCGGCGAUGACCGCCGAGGAGAUGAAGACGGCCGAGAGCGGGGCGCAGUCGGCGCCGCUGCCCCUCGAGGGAGUGGACAUCAGCCCCAAGCAAGAUGAAGGCGUGCUCAAGGUCAUCAAGCGAGAGGGUACAGGCACAGAGACACCCAUGAUUGGUGACCGGGUCUUUGUCCACUACACUGGCUGGCUGUUAGAUGGCACAAAGUUUGAUUCCAGUCUGGACCGCAAGGACAAAUUCUCCUUUGACCUGGGAAAAGGGGAGGUCAUCAAGGCCUGGGAUGUUGCUGUGGCAACCAUGAAGGUGGGGGAAGUGUGCCACAUCACCUGCAAACCAGAAUAUGCCUACGGUUCUGCAGGCAGCCCUCCAAAGAUCCCCCCCAAUGCCACGCUUGUGUUUGAGGUGGAGUUGUUUGAGUUCAAGGGAGAGGACCUGACUGAAGACGAAGAUGGCGGGAUCAUCCGCAGAAUACGGACUCGGGGUGAAGGCUAUGCCAGACCUAACGAUGGUGCUAUCGUGGAGGUUGUACUGGAAGGAUACUACCAGGACCAGAUCUUUGACCAGCGGGAGCUCCGCUUUGAGGUUGGUGAGGGGGAGAGUCUGGAUCUACCCUGUGGGCUGGAGAAGGCCAUUCAGCGCAUGGAGAAAGGAGAACAUUCCGUUGUGUACAUCAAGCCCAGCUAUGCUUUUGGCAGUGUUGGGAAGGAAAAGUUCCAAAUCCCACCACAUGCCGAUCUGAGAUAUGAAGUUCAUCUCAAGAGUUUUGAGAAGGCAAAGGAGUCUUGGGAGAUGAAUUCCGAGGAGAAGCUGGAGCAGAGCAGCAUAGUGAAAGAACGGGGCACUGUGUACUUCAAGGAAGGCAAGUACAAGCAGGCUUUACUGCAGUACAAGAAGAUUGUGUCCUGGCUGGAAUACGAAUCAAGUUUUUCUAGUGAGGAAGCAGAGAAGGCCCAAGCCCUUCGACUGGCCUCCCACCUCAACCUGGCCAUGUGUCACCUGAAAUUGCAGGCCUUCUCAGCUGCUAUUGAAAGCUGUAAUAAGGCCUUGGAACUGGACAGCAACAAUGAGAAGGGCCUGUUCCGCCGGGGUGAAGCCCACUUGGCUGUCAAUGACUUUGACCUGGCACGGGCUGACUUCCAGAAGGUCCUGCAGCUCUACCCCAGCAACAAAGCUGCUAAGGCCCAGCUGGCUGUGUGCCAGCAGCGGAUUCGCAAGCAGCUUGCCCGGGAGAAAAAGCUCUAUGCAAACAUGUUUGAGAGGCUUGCUGAGGAGGAGAGCAAGGCCAAGGCAGAGGUGGCUGCAGGAGACCAUCCCACUGACGCAGAGAUGAAGGAUGAGCAGAAAAACGAUGUGGCAAGGAGCCAGUCUCAGGUGGAGACAGAAGCAUAGCCUCUCCCCUGCCCUGCUCUGCGGCUGCCUGCCUCCCCUGCUCCCUUCCCUACUCCACCCUGUUAGUUUUGUAAACACUGAAGAAUUUUGAGUGAAUUAGACCUUUAUUUUUCUAUCUGGUUGGAUGGUGACUUUGGGGGGAAAUGGGAGACAUAGGCUUGGGGGGUGGAGGUAGGGGAUAAUUUUUGGUGGUAUCACCCCCUCUUUUCUUCCCCAUUACACAUGAACCUAUGUCCACCUACAUGACUCACCAGAAUGUUAAUUUAUUUUGCUCCCUCUGUUUGUAAGGUCCAUUUUUCAAAUUGCAGAUGGGGGCAGAUGGUAGGGAUGAGGUCUGAUGUGAAACCAGGGUGGAGAAGGAGACUCCUGGGCAGCCGUUAUCCUCAUCCUUUCCCCCUCCAGUCUGUUUCCAAACAUGUGGCCUCCAUGUGGGUGCUAGGGGCGUGGGAAAACCACUGCUGUGCCCAUUACCUCUCUGUUCCCUUCCUUACCCCAGAUAGCGUGGCUGGUUGUCUUCUGGUGUCAUGGUGACCACCCCCUGCCCCCUUUGGGUAUUUCCCCUCCUAUCAAUUUCCCUUCUCAGCCAGGUUGUGCCCCAUCACCUUCAGCCUCUUCUCUGCACGUUGCUGAAGGUCCAGGCGCACCUCAAGUCCUGUGCUUGAGCAAUAAAAUGGAAACAACACAACCUGGGUGU